CGCUCUCGACGCGGUCUGUUACCGCCUUUAUAAACAUCAAAACAAAAACAUUCCAAUUUUGAAUUUUCAUUUUAGAACAUCACAAGUUUUUAUGUAACGAUUUUUUGUCUGAUAUAAAUUGUAUUACUGAAAUAAGUCAUGUUAAUGACAAUUCUCGCGAUUUUUGGGGCGGUGGUGCUAUUUUUCUCAUUAUUAAACUUUCUGUGGACUCCCUUGGAAUUGGUUUCGUCCUAUUUGAUGCCCUUUUUUCUGCCAUCGGAAGUGGAGCCGUUGUCGAAGCGAUUCGGACCAUGGGCGGCGGUGACGGGCUGCACAGAUGGCAUAGGAAAAUAUUACUCGUUCGAGCUGGCUAAAAGGGGGCUGAACAUCGUGCUAAUCAGUCGGAACCCGGAGAAACUUCACGCUGUGGCCAAGGAGAUAGAGCAGACUCACCGCGUGAAAACCAGGAUAAUCGUGGCUGACUUCACGCAGGGCGCCGAGAUAUACCCCCACAUUGAGAAACAACUCAAAGACCUGGACUUGGGUAUCUUAGUAAACAACGUAGGCCUAAACUACGACUGCCCUGUCGAGUUAUGCGUCGCCCCGCCAUCCAAAUCAUGGGAUCUGAUCAUCGUAAACGUCGGCGCAGCGACCAUGCUGACCCGCGCCAUCUUGCCUUACAUGGCGACCCGAGGGAGAGGCGCCAUUGUGAAUAUAUCCUCGUCUUCUGAGCUGCAGCCUAUGCCGCUGAUGGCUGUAUAUGGAGCCACAAAGGCGUACCUCCGAAGCUUUACCCACGCAAUCCGCGAAGAAUACGCCCCCAAAGGCAUCUACAUCCAACACGUGGCCCCCUUCUUCGUAUCAACUAAGAUGAAUGCGUUUUCUGCCACUGUCAUGGCGGGAGGGCCUUUAGUGCCCACGCCAGAGUCGUAUGCGAAGUAUGCUGUAGCUAUGUUGGGAAGGGUGCAGAAUACUACUGGAUAUUGGAUGCAUGGGGUUCAGGCUUUCUUCACUCAACUAGCCCCAGUCUGGUUCCGCACAAAAGUCGCCGGACACCUCAACAACGGAUUCCGACAAGAGUAUCUACUGAACCAGAAGGCGCAAUAGUCUAGAAUAGUCUGCGUUUUAAUUCUACUUUUUAUAUUGUGUGGCGUGUAACUGCGUUUUCACAUUAUGCGAAACGAUAUCAGAUACCGAUCCUACGGUAUCCUAUAUUGUAUUAAAUAGAUAAAUAAAUAUUGGGGACACAAUACAUCCGAUAUCGGAUCGGAUAGUAUGAAAACGCUCUAAAGUUCAUAGUUUAUUAUCAACCAGAGAAUCCAAGAAAGAUGCAAAAGAACAGAUGUACAAACUAAACUUUAACUUUUUCAUCACACCAACGGGUAAAGGGUCCCUUAAUACUUCAAAAACGAGUGACAAUGUUGAAUUUUAUCCACAAGAGUGCAAAGUAAUUUCAUACAAAUUAACUUGAGGCCCAAAGUUGGCUAGUAGAAUUGACGUUUCAGUGAUGAUUUAGAAUCACAAAUGUUAAAAACAAAAAACGAAAAAACAGUAAACAUCCGUUCGGGAGCUACGAUGCCACAAACAGACACACACAACAGAACACCCCGUCGUUUUUGAGUCGGGGGUUAAAAAUAUUUAUGAAUACACAUCGUGUUUUGAAGUUGUGAACUUGUAGGUGUAUGAGAAAUUUAGUUUUGUACAAAUAGUGUAAUUAAUAAUAUAAGAUGGCCAUAUGUGAUGUUAAUUUUAAAUAUAUGUAUUUUAGGGA